UGGAUUUCUUCUUCAAUGAACAAAACCCAUUUUUCUUUCUUCAUUACCCUUUAGCAGCAAGCACUAUACUCCAUAGGGAACUAAGAACAGAGAAGCAAGGACAACCCAAUAAAGUUCUUCAUCAUCAAAUUUCAUAUUCAAGCCCUCUUUUCCGGUCUCACACACUGAAAGUACAGCGCAGAAAGCAUCGAAGUUGUAAACUUUUCCGUCUGGGUAUUUUAAUUUGUCUUUUCACGGAAUUAAAGCAAGGAUAUAGGAUUGGAAAUUUUGCACAGGUGUGAGGAUUAUGCAAUUUGCUUUUUGCUUUCAACCAGAAUGGCAUCACACAAUUACAUGGCAAGCGCCAAAUCUGUAUCUCUUUAUUGUAUAAGUUCAGGAGUUUCUCAAUCUGCCAUUGCUGCACUCUUUUGUAAAAUCAAUUUCGGCCAGAAGCAAUUCUCUACUUGCUGUUUCGGUUUCACUCAACCUUGUUUGAUUGACAAGUUCAGGAGGAUGACAUUGUCUGUUAGAAGCAGCUUAAACGACAGUGGUUUUAGUCCUUCCACUUCUAACGGUACCAAUGGAAGAACACGCAUAAUCCGAGUGAUUCAAGAGUUUCAGACCACGUUAGGUUCGAAGAUUCAGGAAGUAAAGAAAAAUCUUCCGAUGAAACUUCUUUCCUUCCUGGUUGGUUUUUAUUGCGCUACUGCAUUUGCCACUGUUAUCGGACAAACAGGUGACUGGGAUAUUCUAUCUGCUGGCUUAGCCGUGGUUGUUGUGGAAGGCAUCGGCGCUCUCAUGUAUGGAACUUCUCUUCCAUUUGUUAGCAAAGGUAGGAGCCUAAUAUCAAUAUUCAAUUAUUGGAAAGCUGGCCUAACAUUGGGACUCUUCUUGGAUUCAUUUAAAUAUUGAUUGUUUUGGUCUUUGUCACUGGUAUUCGGAUGUUAUUACCAGGAAUCUGACAAAUCUGGUUUGACGAACUGCGGCUUCCUCUCACACUUAUUUAAAUUAAGCAGAAGUCCUUCCAUGUGAGUUGGAUUUUUGCAGUGAUAAUGACACGCAGUCUGUUCGGUUCUCCAUCACAGAUAUGUUGUGAAAGUGUCACUUCUUGGACAUAAUUUAGACUGUAACUUCUAAGGUUAGCAUUGCUGAAAGCCAUUGCUCAAAUUCAGAAGGUAGUCCAUUCAAGCUGUUACGUCAGUCAUCAGUAUUUAUGAUCAGCAGAGCAAUAGUUUUGACUUAGAUAAUUUAAGGACAUUGAAGCAAUCGGCAACUUCAAUUUUUACCAUAGAUGGAUACUGAGUUCUGUUUGAUCAAUGCUACAGUCCUUCAUUCCCUUAUUCUCAAGUUGGUUCAUCUUGGUGUUGAAUCUUUGCUGUCAGGGUUGCUGGUAUUCAAGCUCUGGAAGGUCACUCUGACAAAGCAGAACAAACAAACCAAACUUUUUAUUGGCUUGUGAGUCGUGAGCACAGAUGAUGAACCACAAAUCCUUUCGCAACAAGUAUGUUAGUUAUUGAAACCAAGGAAACUCGAUUCAGUUCUUGGCCUGGUGAUUUCAUAUUUUAAUUCUGGCACAAGAUUGGCUCAUGCAGUGAUGUGAUUGUGAAUCAUCUUCUUGCAAGAACUCCAAGAUUGUUUGUCAUCUGCUGCAGGCUCCAUCAAGUAAUGCAGAUGAUGACAUAUGUUGAUUCACAGAUUUUGUUUAUAUAUGGUAGACUCCUGCAACAUGUUUUGUAAAGGUUAUAUAUAAUGUUUAGAGAGUCUUUGCAUGUCUGGUGUACAUUUCGAUCUUGAAGAUUGUGGUCUUGUGGAUGUAAAUAUCACCUUUCGAUGAACCUCGAGUUUUGGUGAAAGUAUAUAUGAAAUUACUUUUUAGUUUAGCAAAAAUACUUUUGAGCUGUAAUGUCAUUAUUACCCUCAUAUUAACAUUAACU